CGCCCCAAAUAAACACCCAUUGUUUUCUUUUCCUUCUUCCUUUGUAUACAUAGAACACCCCCUUUUUAUAUAUACACAUAUAUAUACAUUUUCUGUGUCUAUAUAUCUGUAUCUAUAGAAAAGUUUGAAACUUUAUGUGUAUUUAUGGAGGAAGAGAAGAUAACCAACGGCAAUCAUACUGUUACCCCAAAAGAUGUUGAAAUUGAUUCCAAGAUUAUUAGGGCUUGCUCUACUUCAAACCAAAAAGAUGAUAACUUUAUGCCUACUGAAUCUCAACAAACAGAUGGGAAGAAGAAGAGGAAGAAAAAAACCAACAUUAUUACGGAGGGGAAAGAUGGGGAGGGUACAUCUUUUGAUAAUAAGAGACCUGUUAGAAAUUCCAGUAGGAAUAAUAGUCUUAUUUAUAAUAAUAUCCUAAAUGAUGAAUAUAACCCAGAGAGGAUUGGUAGAAAUGGCAAGAUAAGAAAAUCUCAGUAUAAUAAAGAUACUAAUUGCCAUCAAUGUAAAAGGAAUGACAAGGGGCGAGUUGUUCUGUGCCAGGAAUGUGGAACAAAGCGUUACUGCGUGCCUUGCAUGACAACGUGGUACCCUAACAUGACGGAGGAGAUGUUUACUGAAUGUUGUCCCGUGUGCCUUGAUAACUGCAACUGUAAAAGUUGUUUGCGUGAUGUGCGCCCUAAUGUCAAACAGAAGAUUGAUUUUCAACCGAGUGUUGAUCAGAAAGUUCAGUAUUCUAUUUAUAUACUGCAUGUCCUCCUACCAUUCCUGGAGCGUCUCAACAAGGAGCAUAUACAGGAGAAACUGAUAGAGUCUAAAAUUCAAGGAUGUACUUUAUCAGAGCUACGAUUGGAGGAGGUACGGUGUUCUCUGGAAGAGCGCAUGUACUGUGACUGCUGUAAAACGUCAAUUUUUCACUUGCAUAGAAGCUGCCCUUUGUGUCAUUACGAUCUUUGCCUUCAAUGUUGCCGGGAAUUGCGUGAUGGCAACCCUCAGGGAAACAAGGAUGAGGUUCCUAUUGAAUUUAAUGAUCCGGGUAACAAAUAUUUGCAUGGGGGGGAGGACAAUAGCAAACAAGAUGUUACAACAGUUUUAACACCAACACAAAUGAAAAGUCAUGACUGGAAGUCGGGGGAAGAUGGUAGAAUUCCUUGUCCUCCAGAAAGUAUGGGUGGCUGUGGCCGUGGAAUUUUAGAGUUGAUGCAGAUAGAAAAGGUUGAUCAUGUAUCAUCGUUGUUGGAGAAUGUACAAGAUCUGCUAAAGAAGCACAAAUUGGAGGAGGAUAUGCGAGAGAUGCCUGAGGAAAGGUGCACCUGUUCACAGUUUUUGAAUGAAAGUGAUGCUGAUGAUAAUCAGUUAUGUAAAGCCGCUUCUCGUGAAAAUUCUAAUGAUAAUUAUUUGUACUGUCCACGUGCUGUGGAUAUUCAAUCUGGAGAUUUAAAGCAUUUCCAGUGGCAUUGGUCAAAAGGUCAGCCUGUUAUAGUCAGUAAUGUUCUAGAAACAACUCUUGGGUUGAGUUGGGAGCCCAUGGUUAUGUGGCGUGCUUUUCGCCAGAUCUCAGUUCUCAAGAAAAAUUCGAUCUUGGGUGUGUCUGCACUUAACUGUUUAAAUUGGUGCGAGGUUGACAUUAAUGUUCAUCAGUUUUUUAUGUCUUACAUGGAGGGUCGAUAUGAUGAAAAAGGGUGGCCCCAGCUUCUAAAGUUGAAAGAUUGGCCCCCGUCAACUUUAUUUGAAGAACGUCUGCCACGUCAUGGUGUUGAGUUUAUCACCUGCUUACCUUUUAAAGAAUAUACACAUCCUCGUGAUGGCUACCUUAAUCUCGCUGUUAAGCUUCCCACCAAGUCUUUGAAGCCAGACAUGGGUCCUAAAACAUAUAUUGCUUACGGUGUUGCUCAAGAAUUGGGGCGUGGAGACUCUGUGACCAAACUCCAUUGUGACAUGUCUGAUGCGGUUAAUGUGUUGACUCAUACUGCAACUGUGCCGCAUAACUCAGAAAUGCUUAAAACAAUAGAAGAGUUGAAACAGAGACACAAGGUUCAGGAUCAAAAGGAACUUUUUGGACUUGAUAUUGAUAUCACAGAAGAUGUUGAUGACAAGCAACUUUGCUCAAGGAAGGAAGGCAUCCCUGGUAACAGUCAAGAGGAAUAUGAUGUUGAAAGAAAUUCGCAUGACAUCGAUGUUGAAGGAAAUAUUGACAACAAUCAAGAUGUUGACGAGAAAAGACGGAGUUCUUGUAAACGAGUUCCAACUCAGAGUCUGAAUACCACCAGUAAGAAAAGAAAGUGUGAGAAACCUGAGAAUUCUUCUGAUACUGACAAAUGUGAUCGCUCACAUUGUGAAGAGGUUUGCCAGAAUGAGCAAAAAGAAGUUAUCAACGAUACUGAUGAACAUGAUGGUAACAUAGGUACUUCUGUGGAUAAAUUUGAUCUGGAGGAGGGCGGUGCUUUGUGGGACAUCUUUCGGAGGGAAGAUACUCCAAUACUAGAGGAAUAUCUCAAAAAACACUUCAGAGAGUUUAGACACACCUACUGUCGUCCACUGCAGCAGGUUAUCCAUCCGAUUCAUGACCAAACAUUUUACCUAACCUUGGAGCAUAAAAGGAGGUUGAAAGAAGAGUUUGGAAUUGAACCUUGGACUUUUGUUCAAAAGCUUGGAGAUGCUGUUUUUAUACCUGCUGGUUGCCCCCAUCAAGUUAGAAAUUUGAAGUCAUGCAUAAAAGUCGCAUUGGACUUUGUUUCUCCUGAAAAUGUUGGUGAAUGCAUCCAGUUAACAGAUGAUUUCCGUGUUUUGCCCCAAAAUCAUAGGGCAAAAGAAGAUAAGUUGGAGGUGAAGAAAAUAGCAUAUUAUGCGGUAAAGGAUGCUGUACUUGACUUGGAAAAUCCGCAUCGAACCAAAGAAGAUACUAAGGGUAAACAGAAGAAGAAGCCUGGGAGAAAGAAGAAGAGUGAUUAAUCUGUGCCAUUGGGGUAGGGAUUGUAACGAACAUGGCUGUUUCUUAGAGAUGUUUUUUUACUGUAUGAUUUGAUUAUUUUUCAUAGAAAAGUAACCGUGUAUUCUUUCAAAUUGUAUCAUACGAUUUGAUUUUAUA